GACCUCGUGGAUGCCUCGCGCGUGCCUUAAAUGUAAAAUCAAGGUCAUCAACGCGUCCACGAUUGAGCAACUUCAAAACCCCGAUAUUGAUUUAUGGUGAACAUGAAUGGCCCCACUACAACUACUAGUACUAUAUUAUCUAUGUUUUGAGUGAGGAACUCCUAGUACAAUGAAAUUAUCUUUGAACCCCUUUCCCUAAUUGCAUGUUUAAAUCGGCCAUUGCUUCAAUUUCCUUUUGAUCUCAGUGAUAAUGGGUGUCGGAGAUUAUGUACAUUCAAAGGAAGCCGGUCAACGCCGACCACCCAAUAUUAAUGUCUCCAAUCAAUCACGGCAGCAGAUAGCCGAACAGGCAAGGGUUGAGAUUCCUACACCAAAGCUCGUUGCGCCCACGCCUCUGCCAUUAAGUAGACCAACACAAUUCGAGCAUUAUGGAGGCCAGUCUGCGCCUGGGGGGUCACUUACAUCAACCGACAACGCAAAGGACAUGUUUGACACAGACGUGGAAGGUGUCGACGACUCAACUAUUGCAGGCACGAGUGUUGUUGGUGUUGAAGAUCUUCCAUACCGUUUCUCACCUGCUCCAAAUGCUCGGCCACAGGGUGCUGGUGAAAGUUCGUUGUAUCAAUUCCAGCGAACACACCGCCCGUACGACUCUCAGUGGUAUGACAAUUUCGGGAACAAGGCCCUGAAGUCAGCUGGAUUCGACUCGGAUGACAUUGACAAUGAAAGCCAGCUAACAUCGGUCGCGGGUGAUGAUGAAGCCUCCGAGGGAACAAAUGAAUCCGUGGCUCCCAUCAGAAAAGGCCUUGCUGACGAGCCUCUCAGCAAACGUCUGCAGAACUUCUGGAAUGCCAGUCGAAAGUCUCAUCAAAAACCGGAAAAUCAGGCCCAUUUGGAAUCAUCAAAGAUCCCAACCCUCAGCCAGUCAAUAUCUAACUCCAAACCUGCGCAUUCAAUCUUACCAGCCAGCGCACCCAGGAAGGUCACACUCCCUCCAAAUACGAGCACAACCCCAAGGACAAGAUUUAGCCCACCAAAGCCAAAUCUGCUAGAACAAUUGGACUUAACUCCUACACGUCGCACCCCUGGUCCUCGGCCGCAACAUAACCACAGGAGCACGAGCAUCGAUCCUCCGGAUUCGGUGGAAAACGCAGGUUUCGGGUAUUUUUCGACCGACUACGGAAGACGCGACAGUGUACAGUCAAUAAACGCUUUUGAUGUUACGAAUAUCGAAGCCCUUAAUGAUGAUGAUGACCCGAUCAAUGACCCUUUCUCCAGACGUCUCUCAGUUCACCGAGUUAGUCCGGAGAAACCCAAUCCGAAAAAGCGCACUCUUGAGCCAGACUAUCCUCCAGAUGUACUUUAUCAGAAGUCAUUUGCUGACCUCCAAGCGGAGCCCUUUGACCACAUCCCAGCUGCCGCGCCAUCACCCACUACUGCAAACACAGCCCAGGAAUCCCAACCCAACCCAGAAGACAAGAUCCCUUAUCUUAUGAACCUUUCUGACAGCGACCGUCGCACUUACUUUUCGAAUCUGUCCAUGGACGAAUGGGAGGAAUGUGGUGACCAAUUAAUCGACCAAUUCACUCUGAUGCUCAAAAAGAUGAAAGAUCUGCGCCAUGCUCGACGAAAAACAGCCGCUGUAUUCGAGGCUGAGAUCAAAAGGAGGCACGAGGCUGUCGAAGAACAGACUUCUGAUCUUUCUAGAAAGCUAGAUGAAAUGAGGUCUGGUGGUGCUGAGGUACUGCGUGGUCGCACUCCCUGAAGAUAUAUUCAUUUUCGGUUUUGUUCCUGUUGCGGCGUGUUUCG